UCGGAGUGGGGGGCGGGGGUGAGGCGGUGCCAAGAUGGAGCCUGGCGGCUUCGUGGGGCCGGGGCCGCUGGCGGCCAACAACAAGCCGCGCAGCGGCCCGGCACCGGCACCGGGGCCGGGGCCGGGGCCUGGUCCGGGUCCAGGCCCAGGUCCAGGUCCAGGCCCAGGCCCAGCGCAGGGCCCGGGCCUGGCAGGCGGGAAGGGCCGCGAGUUCAACCGCAACCAGCGCAAGGACUCGGAGGGCUAUUCCGAAUCCCCAGACUUGGAGUUUGAAUAUGCAGAUACCGAUAAAUGGGCUGCGGAGUUAUCUGAACUGUACAGCUACACUGAAGGCCCAGAAUUCCAGCUGAACCGAAAGUGCUUUGAGGAAGACUUUAGGGUCCAUGUGCAUGAUAAAAAAUGGACCGAGCUGGACAACAAUCAGCACCGGACUCAUGCCAUGCGGCUCCUCGAUGGGCUGGAGGUCACUGCCAGGGAGAAAAGGCUCAAGGUAGCCCGGGCCAUCCUCUAUGUUGCACAAGGCACCUUUGGAGAGUGUGGCUCUGAAGCAGAGGUUCAGGCCUGGAUGCGAUACAAUGUUUUCUUGCUGCUGGAAGUUGGUACCUUCAAUGCUCUGGUGGAGCUUCUGAACAUGGAAAUUGACAACAGUGCAGCAUGCAGCAGUGCAGUGAGGAAGCCUGCCAUCUCCCUGGCUGAUAGCACAGACUUGAGGGUGCUACUGAAUAUCAUGUACCUGAUUGUGGAGACCGUCCGGCAGGAGUGCGAGGGAGACAAGGUGGAGUGGAAAACUAUGAGGCAGACCUUCCGUGCAGAGCUAGGUGCCCCGCUGUAUAACAAUGAGCCAUUUUCCGUCAUGCUUUUUGGCAUGGUGACCAAAUUCUGCAGUGGUCACGCCCCUCACUUCCCUAUGAAGAAGGUCUUGCUGCUGCUCUGGAAGACUGUACUGUGCACUCUAGGAGGCUUUGAGGAGCUACAAAGCAUGAAGGCAGAGAAACGGGAGAUGCUGGGCCUCCCACCACUUCCGGAGGACAGCAUCAAAGUGAUCCGCAACAUGAGGGCUGCAUCCCCACCAGCAUCAGCCUCUGACCUCAUUGAACAGCAGCAGAAGCGAGGGCGGAGGGAGCAUAAGGCCCUGAUUAAGCAGGACAACCUAGAUGCCUUCAAUGAGCGGGACCCUUAUAAAGCUGAUGACUCCCGUGAGGAAGAAGAGGAAAAUGAUGAUGAUAACAGCCUUGAGGGCGAGACCUUCCCCCUUGAACGAGACGAAGUUAUGCCUCCACCCAUCCAGCACCCUCCGACUGACCGUAUCACUUGCCCAAAGGGGCUGCCCUGGGCCCCCAAGGUCAGAGAGAAGGACAUUGAGAUGUUUCUGGAAUCCAGUCGCAGCAAAUUCAUUGGUUACACCCUGGGGAGGAAGGGCGCUUGUCAGACUCGGCAUGCAGUCUACCUCUCUCUCUUCAGUGACACAAACACCGUUGUAGGAUUGCCUAGGCCCAUCCAUGAGAGCAUUCGGACCCUGAAACAGCACAAGUACACAUCGAUUGCAGAAGUCCAGGUUCAGAUGGAGGAGGAGUAUCUUCGCUCCCCACUCUCUGGGGGGGAAGAGGAAGUGGAGCAAGUCCCGGCAGAAAUCCUGUACCAGGGGCUCCUCCCCAGCCUGCCCCAGUACAUGAUUGCUCUGCUCAAGAUCCUGCUGGCUGCAGCCCCCACCUCCAAGGCCAAGACAGAUUCCAUCAACAUUCUGGCAGAUGUCCUGCCUGAGGAGAUGCCAACCACGGUGCUGCAGAGUAUGAAGCUGGGGGUGGAUGUGAAUCGCCACAAAGAGAUCAUUGUCAAGGCCAUCUCUGCUGUCCUGCUGCUGCUCCUCAAGCACUUCAAAUUGAAUCACAUCUACCAAUUUGAGUACAUGGCCCAGCACCUGGUGUUUGCCAACUGCAUCCCGCUCAUCCUCAAGUUCUUCAAUCAGAACAUCAUGUCCUACAUCACUGCCAAGAACAGUAUCUCUGUCUUGGAUUACCCCUACUGCGUGGUGCAUGAGCUCCCGGAGCUGACAGCAGAGAGUCUGGAAGCAGGUGACAACAAUCAGUUUUGCUGGCGGAACCUGUUCUCCUGCAUCAACCUCCUGCGGAUCCUGAAUAAGCUGACAAAAUGGAAACAUUCCCGCACCAUGAUGCUGGUUGUGUUCAAGUCGGCUCCCAUCCUGAAACGUGCCCUGAAGGUGAAACAGGCUAUGAUGCAGCUCUACGUCCUGAAGCUGCUCAAGGUGCAGACCAAGUACUUGGGGCGGCAGUGGAGGAAAAGUAAUAUGAAGACCAUGUCUGCGAUCUACCAGAAAGUGCGGCACCGCCUCAACGAUGACUGGGCCUAUGGAAACGAUCUGGAUGCACGCCCCUGGGACUUCCAAGCCGAGGAGUGUGCUCUACGAGCCAGCAUCGAGCGCUUCAACUCCCGGCGCUACGACCGGGCGCACAGCAACCCUGACUUCCUGCCUGUGGAUAACUGUUUACAAAGUGUGCUGGGCCAGCGCGUGGAGCUGCCUGAGGACUUCCAGAUGAACUAUGAUCUGUGGCUGGAAAGGGAAGUCUUCUCCAGACCCAUCUCCUGGGAAGAACUGCUGCAGUGAUGCCUUUUUGCCAGGCAGGGGUGCCAGCAGAGACCUGGUGCUGGGAUGGACACGUUGAGGGGAAGUAUGGUGCUCCAGUACUGCGGAGUCCCCUCAUGAACAGGAGGCAUCCUCCAUGUGGCUGCAUGCCUCCAUCUGGCACGUGAGGGUGUAGCCCUGUUGUCACGAGCCUCUGCUGCUCCUGGUGAAUCUUGGGCUCCGGGGGUGGCUUCGUCUCCACACAGACUCAGGAGGGGCCUGCGGCUAGGACAGUCCUCUCCCCUGCCGCCUGGCCCUGUCAUCUCCAAGACACUAAAGUCUCAGAGUGGGAAGCAUGUUCCUUUGCCCCUCUGCUCACCUCAGACAGCCCUGGGAGUAAGAUGUGGGGGCUGUUCUAACCCCAAAUGAUGGCCUUGGCAUGGUGCUCUGCUCUCCUCCCGCGCACCGGAGGUCAUACCCUAUUAUAGGCUGUGAGCCUGGAACAGCUGUAGCUGCCUGGCCUAUGCCUCUCACUCAAAGCACUUGAGGCUCCUGCUUUAGAACCAGGUUCAAUCUUCCCCGAUGGUGACUCACCCAAAGCAGAGCAUUACAUUAGCUGCCUGUCUUGUUAGACUGUCCAUUCCUAACUGCGCCUUCCCCUGGCAGAGAAAACAGCAGCCUCUGCCUACCCCUGUAAUAGGUGGGAGAUCAGUAGGGGAGGGGACAAGAAGGUGCUGCUACAUGGGAGGGGAGGUCGGGGGAGGCUUGGGGACCAGCUAGCCACCAAGUGCAUGCCGGAGGCGGGUGCCAUGGUGCUCUUGUCGUUGGGUUGGGGCUAACGUCAGCCUGACCUAUGCCAGGACCUGGUAUAACAGGCAGGAUCUGUAGCAGCAAGGCCACUGCACGCAGAAGCAGCUGGGAGCUCUGGUACUAGGCUGCAGUCCCACCUCUCCCCUCUGGAUGGUGCAAAUGAGUUGUACAUGCAUAUAAAUACAGUAACCAUUCCUCUUGUGUGA